GAGCGUGACAGGCCGGCGUCGCUCUGUUAAGGUUUCCGGGCAACUCUACCGCAAUAACGGUGUGCAGUCUCAACCGAUUCUUAGCCAGAUAGCGCGAUUAAAGCUGAAUGAGAUAAAAGUGCUCCCGGGAGAGUGCACACUAUUGAGCUAUUUGAAGUGUCAAAGCUACCAACUGACGUUUUAUUUCCCCUCCAUCUUCGCGGAGCUUGAAAAGUCAAAAUGCACACUCCACGCUUGAGGAGGACAGAAUAGUAUACUAUAUGACAGGCAGACCAGCUGACUGAGGAACAGAUCGCAGAGUUCAAGGAGGCGUUCUCGCUGUUUGACAAGGACGGCGACGGAACCAUCACCACCAAGGAGCUCGGCACUGUCAUGCGCUCCCUGGGCCAGAACCCCACCGAGGCCGAGCUGCAGGACAUGAUCAAUGAGGUCGAUGCCGAUGGUAAUGGGACAAUUGAUUUCCCGGAGUUCCUGACAAUGAUGGCGAGGAAGAUGAAGGACACAGACAGCGAGGAGGAGAUCAGAGAAGCAUUCAGAGUCUUUGACAAGGAUGGCAAUGGCUACAUUAGCGCAGCAGAGCUACGGCACGUCAUGACCAACUUGGGGGAGAAGCUCACUGAUGAGGAGGUCGACGAGAUGAUCCGGGAGGCUGACAUUGACGGGGACGGUCAGGUCAACUACGAGGAAUUUGUCCAGAUGAUGACCGCCAAGUGAAGAGAAGGCUGAUUUAUCUCUUAAACGUUGCUUGUCCUUUUAAGAUCACUGUCUUUAAGAACAAAAAGGAACAUUUAUCAGCUGAUAACCCCCCCGAUCCCCCUAAAAAAACAAAAACAAACAUUUCAUGUAGAAUUUGGCCAAUAUUGCUUAAUACAGCCAUGUACUUCUGAGGUAUCUGUUAAGCAUACACCUACAGACUAAUCCCUGAAGAAGUUAAUGGACCAAGCUUAAAGAGGGCCAACGGCCUUUUACUUCUGACCAAGAUUCUACAGUCACCUGGCUCAUGAAUAUUUUAGAGGAAAGCAGCGCUGCCACUGCAAGGGGGAUUGUGAUAGGAACUGAUACCACCGAUCACUUUAGAGAAGUCGGUCAUUUAAAAUCUCUCCGCUUCCGUAAAGAACCACGGCGCUAUACUAGCAUCAGUGGUGAUUCUCUCAAUACCAAUUUGACUACUCUUCUUGCAUGCAGCCGUUCUGUGGUGGUCUCCUGUCUCGACAAGGUGGUUCUGAUCCCAUCAGCGGUAGUGGUCAGAUAUUGUACACAGUGGAGGUAUAUACUUUCAUAUAUCGCUAUAUAUCUGUAAAAAAAUAAAUUAAAAAAUGUCACUGUCACUUGGUUAUUUCAAGAGCAAGUAGUUGCAAUCUGUGGUGUUCAUUGGUGCUUGAUUCAAAAUGAGCAUUUUCAAAUGUUUGGGUCAGAACAAGAGACUGAUCCCCAGUGGGGUGUCCUUGUUUUGAGCAGGUGGCUUUAUACGUUGCCACGGAAACCGAGCGGAGACGCUAGCUUGACGUGUUGCUUUGAGGCUGAUUUUUGUGAAGAUGCUCUGGAGGACUGCUGUUAAUACAUUUAUUCUGCAAACGGAUAUCCUGACGAUACAGUAUUGAUGUAAUGCUUUCAAAAUGUAUUCCCAAAUAUGUAUUGAAGACAAACUUUGGUCGCAAAAUGUCUCUCGCUCUCACUAUAUAUAUAUAUCUAUAUAUAGAUAGAUAUAUAUAGAUAUCUAUAUAUAGAUAUAUAUAGAUAUAUAUAUCUAUAUAUAGAUAUAUAUAGAUAGAUAUAUAUAGAUAUAGAUAUCUAUAUAUAGAUGUAUAUAGAUAGAUAUCUAUAGAUAUAGAUAUCUAUAUAUGCACAGUAUAUUGGUGUGUCGUAAAGUUUGCAUUGCCUGUUGUAGUUGUAGAAGUAGUAGUAAAUGACCCGUGCUCUGUUUUCUCUUUGGUUUUAAAAUGUGCCAUAACGCUCCCCAAAUGCCUCAACCUUCUCGCAAGAUUCCUAGAAAAAUAUAUACACUAAACUACUUACACUAGAAUACGUGACAGAUUUGCACUUGGUAUAAAUCAUAUGGAUAUUGCAAAAAGAAAACAAAAUUUGACUGCUGCAAUAACUUGCUUUUCUCUAACUUCUCAUUCUUGUUGGCUGUCCCAUCUUUAGUUUAGUCCAGUGAUUUCACUUUCAACCUGCUUGCUUGUUUUACUCAACAGAAUACAUAUACUGUACUGUAUAUUUACAAAUACCUAACGUAGUCAACGGUCUAAUGAAACAUGAUAAGGGGUUGUAGCAAUCUAUUGGACUGGGUUCAGUGUUUUAACAGUGGAGGUGAGUCAUCGUUUGAGGGAUGGAAACUUAAUACCACUCAGAGACAUUUCAGUCAGUGAUGUUUGAUUCUGAUAUUGAGGAAGUAAACGGUAAUGGACUGUUAGCUUCUGAUGAUGUCUCUAAAGAUGUGAUAUAUUUUCCAUAAGUCAAUAAACUGAAUGAGCUUUACUUCAA